AUGGCUACUCGCGUUUAUAUCGGUCGUCUCUCGUAUCGUGCUUCUGAACGCGAUAUCGAGCAUUUCUUCCGUGGAUACGGACGUAUUCGAGACAUUGUGCUCAAGAAUGGAUUUGGAUUUGUG